UUUUACACGACACACGACAGAAAAGCAGACGAAAGAACCUUAGUUCACACGUUUAUUAUAUAGGUUAGGUUGAAAAUGAAAAUAUUAUUAUUACUACUGCAUUCCUCCACAUAUUCGUUCAUUAAAUCAUAAUAAAUAGUUCUCCAGAAGAAAUUCGAAGUCAUAUUCGAAUAGUUCUGCACCUGCAAUGACGACUUUGAACGUUUCUUGGAGCAGUGGCAAUAAAGGAAUCAAUGGAACAAUAUUGGCCAGGAAGAAAAAAACGGUUGUGAAGAAAAUCAGAGAGAAAAAUAUCUCUCCUAAUACUUUCAAUAGCUCUGACACGAAAGCAGUUCAAAAAUCCAACUCAAAUUUGUCCAAUCAGUUAGAUGCAGAAGUGGAUAAAACUAAGGGUACAGAUGAUUAUCAGAGUAGUGACCAUCAGUCUACUGAGGGUACCACAAAGUUGAUUAAACGGAAACAGAAGAAGGAUAGAAUCAGUGCUAAGUUGCUAACAAAACAAGGCUUCAUCCCCACACAAUCUAAUGUGAAUAAUAACCAAACUCAUUCUCUAUUUUCUGUUGGACAUAAAGAUUUACAUGUAGUACCUAAUUCUAGAGGUAAAUCAGUUGUAGAAAAAGUUUUCAGUAUUGGAAAACAAUUUUGUGAUCUGGAAAUACACAAAUAUAUUGUAUCAAAUCUAGAAAAAAAUGGAUUCACAACACUAACAAAUAUACAAGAAAAGUCCAUACCAAUCAUCCUGGCAGGAAAUAAUGUUUUGGUACGUUCACAAACUGGAUCAGGUAAAACCUUAGCUUAUGGUGUCCCAAUCUUGGAAGCACUGCAAAAUAUUAAUCCAAGAUUGAAAAGAAGUGAUGGUGUUCUUGCCUUGAUAAUAGUACCAACCCGUGAAUUAGCAUUACAAACACAUGAGCUGUUUGGUAAAAUAAAUACUUUCCAAUGGAUAGUUGUUGGACAUCUGUGUGGUGGGGAAAAUAGAAAUACAGAAAAAAAUAGGCUCAGGAAAGGAGUGCACAUACUUAUUGCAACACCUGGUAGAUUAUUGGAUCACAUGUUGCAUACUAGUGCAUUUAAAAUGGACAAAGUACGCUGGCUAGUUUUGGAUGAAGCAGAUCGGCUAUUGGAUAUGGGUUUCAAGAAGGAUAUAGUAAAGAUUGUGGAAGAACUCGACCUAUCCAAAACUAAUUCUGGUUAUGAUCCCCUUGCUUUACUAAGGAGACAACAACAUAUCAACAAUCAAGAAAAGUCUAUUGAUGAAAAAGAAAAAGCCGAAAAGGAGCAACAUGAAAAUUCUUCCAGUAAACCUAGGCAAACAAUAUUAUUGUCGGCAACUCUUACGAAAGGCAUUGCUGAAUUAGCAGAUUUUACCAUGAAGGAGCAUACAUAUAUUGAUACUCUCGAUGAAUCUGCGAAUAUUAACUCCGAUAUGAUGGUUAUACCAAACACAGUCAAACAAAAAUUCAUAAUAACUCAUGUGAAACAUAGACUUUUCAUAUUGUCUGCAAUGCUGCUAGCUUUAUCCAAAAAGUGCUCUAAAAUGUUUGUAUUCAUGGGCACUAGCUCUAUGGUAGACUACCACUAUGAGUUAUUCUCUAGAUUCUUAGUGAAAAUGCCUAAGAACAGAGGUAAGGUGAAGAGUGAUGAUCACAUUUUUGUAGAAAAUGAAGUUGAUAGUGACGACGAAGAAGAGAUAGUACUGGAUAUGGAGUUUUUCAAGUUACAUGGGAAUAUGGAACAGAGUGACAGGAAAAAUGUCUUCACAAGAUUCAGAGCUUCAAAGACGGGUGUUCUCAUUUGCACAGAUGUGGUAUGUAGAGGUAUAGACGUACCUUCCGCUGAUUGCAUUAUUCAAUACAAUGGACCUCAGAGUAUUGAAGACUAUUUACAUAGGGUGGGAAGAACCGGUAGAGCUGGCAAAUCAGGAGUUUCCUAUAUCUUCCUGACAUACGAGGAACAAGAUUUCAUCACGAAAAUGGAAAGUCACAAAAUUUUCAUCCAGGAACAAGAUUCAGAAGAAUUUUUAAAAUAUUUAACCAUCAUAAUGGACGAAACAAACCAGGAGAGUGCAGCAACUAAACUCCAAAAAAGCUAUGAAAAUGCAUUGGAAAAUGAUAAGGAUUUACAUAAACUGGCUUGUAUGGCUUAUUCCUCCUGGUCCCGUUUUUACAACACCUACUCUUCGAAAAUGCGACAAAUUUUUGAAUUCAAAAACGCUAAUAUUGGCCAUUAUGUAACUAGUUUUGGACUGAAAGAAACCCCUACAGCUGUAGCCAGAAUGUUGAAGGGUAAUGUCUCAACUAUGAAACAGCAAAAAUUCAACAAAAAGCUAGCUUCUCAUGGGGAUGAGAAACCACAAAAGUCCGUACAAAAGAGGAAAAUAAAGUCAUUAAGUCUGACUACUUCAGAAUAUGGCAGCGGUUUGAAAAUGGUUAAGAAGAAGAAGAAGAAAAAUAUUGAUGAUGAAUGAAUGUUAAAGUGUAUUUAUUAUAUUGUAUCAUUUCAAUCGUUUGUUUCUUUCUCAAUAGCUUUUAGUACAAUACAUAUCAUUACCAAAUGAAUUGAAUAGUGGCCAAAUGAUGUCGAUUCUCGUUGCAGAGCGCUUUCUUCCAUUUUUUUCUUAUGUAUUCCCAAGAACCUAUUAUCUCCAAAAGUUCAAAACAAAUUCCAACACCUACCUCCUCUGCCUAUCCUCCCUAGGUACGCAUGAUGUUCCACGAACAUUAUCGGAAUUUCCUUUCGUGCGCUUCAAGAGAUUCAUAUAAUAAAAAACUGCUAUUCUCAAUAGCUAAAAGCUGAUUACAUACAGGUAUGUACUGAUAAUGACUGUAUAGUCGAAAGCGCUCUGCUACGAGAAUUUUGAAUACAUUAUUUUGCACUAAAAACAACAUUUUGUUCAAUCAUUAUUUGUAUCCUGACAUUUGUUCAAAACAACUAUUUCAUCAUAUUUCGAGAAUACUAUAAAUACCCACCCACCAGCUUCUAUAAUAUAUGUGACUAUUCGAUAUUUGUGAAGACGAUCUCGAAUAUAAAUUCGUUUGAAUGCUUUUUGACAACAAACAUGAAUGAUUUAAUAGCAUUCUUGAAUCUUAUGAUCUGAGACGACUUAUCGAGUAGCCAACG